AUGGACAACUUUUCUGUUCCCAACUCCACUGUGGACUUCUGCGUCAACAAGCAGCACGUAUCGUUUAUGUUGGCUAUCGACAUCAUUUUGGCCGUUUUAACUUUCGUCACUGUUUCUGGGAAUCUCCUGGUUAUUAUUUCCAUCGUGUACUUCCGUCAGCUCCACACUUUGACCAACUACCUGGUCCUGUCUCUGGCCGUGUCCGAUCUGCUCGUCGGCCUCAUGGUUUUACCUUUCGUCAUUUUUCUGUUCACGACGCCUUGUUCUCCUCUUCACGGCGUCCUCUGCAGAGUGCGCGGGUUUUUCGACGGCAUAUUGUGCUUGGCGUCCAUUUUGAGCCUCUACUGCAUCUGCGUCGAGCGAUAUUACGCCGUGUGCCAGCCGCUGACCUACCAAACCAAAAUAACCCCCCGCGUUAUCUCAGGUAUGAUUUUUGUGACUUGGAUCGUGGCGCUAACUUUAUCUUUUGUGCUAAAUUUCGGCGAGAAGAUACCGAAAGAACGUUGCGCUGUGGUCCAGAUUUUGAAGUUAUCGGUUGUGGCGGCCGUGAUAGUCUUCUACAUCCCUUUCGUGGUGAUGCUAACGCUGUACAUGAAGAUUCUGUUGGCGGUGCGGAGACAAGCGCGUAGCAUCCACACCGCUAACCUGUCCGAGGGAGUUAACAGGGUGGAGAAGAAGGCUACGUUGACGCUAGCGAUGGUGAUCUGCGUGUUUUUUAUCAGCUGGGCUCCGUUUUCGAUCUGCGUCACGUACCUGCCCUUCCAUCACUUCUCGGUGCCUCUUCCGGUGAUGGAGGCCUUUAAGUUCCUGGGCUGGUUGAACUCCAUGUUUAACCCUUUCAUUUACGCCUACACCCACAGCUGGUUCAGAUCCGCCUUCAGAUUCAUCUUAACGGGGAAAAUCUUCACGGAAAUCGGCGCUAAUGCCAGACUUCACUGA